AUGGAGAAGGAGCUCGAGAAACAAGCAGAAAAAAAGGCAAAGGAAUCGGAAAAACAAAACUCAGCUAACUCUGAAAUGCAAAAAACAAUCGAAAAACUGAAACAAAAGAAUUCGCAACUCGAAGAAAAGGUUGUCACUUUGGACAAGAGCAUUGCCGAUAUGAAGCAAAAGCACUCGAAAGAGUUGAAAGAGGCUGCAGACAAGCUAAAGGAACAAAAGGAGGGCUCCUUGAAACAUGCUCAAUUGAAGAUAGUGAGAAUGAAAAAACAAAUUCAAGCAGUUAAACUGGAAAAUGAUUACCUCAAGAAGCUCAUGGAUGGUUAUAAGGAUCUUGAAGAAAAAUACAAGAAGGAACUCAAAGAAAGGCGAUUGCUGUACAAUCAACUUCAAGACCUGAAAGGUAAUAUUAGAGUCAACUUGAGAGUGAGGCCAUUACUUCCUGAAGAUGGGCAAACUGAAAAUUGCAUUGAAUGUAUUGACGACAAGGAGGUGAAAAUCUAUGACAAGGAGGCUAAAAAGUCAUACAAAUUCGAGUUUGAUAGUGUAUUCGGAACAGAUUCCACACAAGCUCAAGUAUUUGAAGAUGUCAAACCUUUGGCAACUUCUAUUUUGGAUGGAUAUAAUGUUUGUAUAUUUGCCUAUGGACAAACCGGUUCUGGUAAGACUUUUACCAUGGAAGGCCCUCCCAACAAUCGAGGAGUCAAUUACAACACUCUAGAUGAGGUAUUCUUUAUGAUUAAAGAGAGAAAAGGGGAAUAUAAUUAUGAAGUUGAAGUAGCGGUUAUGGAAAUUUAUAACGAAAACCUUCAUGAUCUGCUCACAAAGGAUAAGACCAAGCUUGAAAUUAUGCUCAGCAACAAGGUGACUAUUCCAGGCCUGACUAGGAUAAAAGUUAACUCCUCAGAUGACGUAAGGAAAGUGCUCUCUCAAGGUUAUGAAAACAGAGCGACUGGUAAUAACAACAUCAAUGCUCAUAGUUCCAGAUCUCAUUGCAUCGUCAGCGUUUUUGUUGAAGGAGUGAAUCUCUAUACUCAGCAAAAACUGUCUGGAAAGCUCCACUUGAUUGAUUUGGCUGGAAGUGAAAGACUAAAGAGAACUGAUGUUAAAGGUGACCGGUUGAAGGAGGCUCAAAACAUCAACAAGAGUUUGAGCGCUUUGGGAGACGUUAUUUCAUCUCUUUCAUCAAAGAAGAGCCACAUUCCAUACAGAAAUUCUAAGCUUACUUCCCUGCUUCAAGAUUCACUAGGCGGAAAUUCCAAGAUGCUCAUGUUCGUGAAUGUUAGCCCAACGGUUGAAAGCUGCCCAGAAACGCUGUGCUCCCUUGGGUUUGCUCAACGAGCACGAACAGUUGAAUUAGGAAAAGCCCAAAAGAAUAUUGUUUCUCAAGGCACGACAACAACUGCUUCUUCCAGUAAUAGCAAUAACUAG